AUUAUUCUCUUGUUUCAUUUUAUUAUUUGUAUCAGUAGCCAGAGAACAAGUGAAGAACAACAGUCAGUGCUGGUGGAUGUGGGGGGGUUACGGGGGCUGGGAAAGAAAAUGCUGCCUUCGCAAGACGCCGCUAAAAUCUACCAUGACAACUACAUGCGGAACUCGCGGACCAUCGGGAUCCUGUGGGCCAUUUUCACCAUCUGCUUGGCCAUCAUUAACGUGGUGGUCUUCAUCGAGCCGUACUGGAUCGGUGACAGCAUCAACUCCCCCCAGGCUGGAUACUUCGGCUUGUUCCACUACUGCGUGGGCAACGGGAAGUCCGACCGCGAGCUCCUCUGCCAGGGCAGCUUCUCUGACUUCAGCUCCAUCCCUUCGGGAGCCUUCAGGGCGGCCUCCUUCUUCGUGUUGAUGUCCAUGGUUCUCACCGUCAGCUGUAUCGGAUCUUUCACCCUCUUCUUCUUCUGCAACACCGCCACGGUUUACAAGACGUGCGCCUGGAUGCAGCUACUCUGCGCUGUAUGUCUGGUUCUGGGCUGUCUGAUCUUCCCAGAUGGCUGGGAUGCAGAGGUAAUCCGGGACAUGUGUGGUGACAACACGGGGAAGUACAUGCUGGGAAACUGCUCGGUGCGCUGGGCCUACAUCCUGGCCAUCAUUGGGAUCCUGGAUGCCCUCAUCCUCUCCUUCCUGGCCUUCGUGUUGGGAAACAGACAGAGCAGCUUUCUGCAGGUGGAGCUGAGGGCCGACAACAGAGAUUUCAAUCUGUCACGGAUUGAAAUCCGAGACAACAAGGAUCUAAGAUUUGGACUUCAGCGUUUCCACUGAGAUCCAAACUUCCUUCCUAAGCUUCCUCCAGUUUGUUGCUCCUCCUGCUCCUGUCUCUGAACUUCUUCAGGUUAAAGCUGUUUUGUUCAGGGCUUGGAGGCUGAAGUCCAGCUGUCUGUAAACUGCAGGAAUCUUCCUACAAUCCGUCAGUCUGAUGAGGAAAGCCAGUCUGAGGAGGCUCUGACCAUCAACUUUGUCAAACUCUGGGAUAAAAUCAUUCAUGAAACACAAUCUUAGCAUUUAAUAACAUUGAUAUUAUGAAAAAUUAUGAAAAUAUUGAUCAUGCUUGCAUUCAUAUUGUAUGAAAAUACAUAUUUUUAUUAAAUGGGAAAAUUUCCAACUUUAAAAUCAAACAAGUAACUAAAUCUGACAUGAAUUUUGUAGAGCCACUGUGAUAUUUUUAAGCCUUUUCUGGACUGUUUUGCUACUUUCUCUUUUUACUACAUGGUCUGAUUCCAGGACAAAUUAAGAUACAACAUCCAUGUAUGUGAGAUGUUUCUAUGGGAACAGGGUUAAAACUUUCUUACAUGAAAUAUGCCUGUAAGUCAUGAAACAGAGAAACCUUUUCAUUGUUAAAUCCUAAAAAAAAGUUGACUCUCUUGUUCUUUCAUCCUUCAGUUCACGCAUCACUGACUAAAACCUGGAAAGGAGAGACACACCUGUCCCGUCCUGUUGCUGUGUUAAAUGA